AUGUUAAAUGAUGACUUUAUUUUAAGGGGGCUAUUUGACGAGCUUCUAAGUUCAUUUGUAGACUUAGAUAAAGCUAGACAACUUCCAGCAUGCAAAAGUGUGCUGAGAGUCGGGUUGGUUUUCGUAAGGAUGUCGACAAUGCAAAACGAGUUGGAGAGGUACCUGCAACUUUGUCGUUACUUAAUAUUGAGUAUGAACUCAACGGAUAUGCAGCGUUCAUAUGCCUCGUUAUUUUUAUCGAAAUGCUACAUUCAAAAUGCAAAUCGUCUUGUACAUAAAUUGUUUUCAAAAAUCGCAAGCUUUUCAGCUGAACUUAAACUUUCAAAAGUUUCUGAUGGUAAGGCAUUAACUAUCCUGGUACAUUUCAUGGUGACUUAUUCCAUCUGCAAUGGAUGGGCUUUGAUCCGAGAUAAUCAGCAAAUUUGUACAGUUCUCAACCAGAUGUGUUCCAAAACCAUCAGCGCAUCUACCUUACAUAGAAUGGCCGCUGGUGGACGUUUAGCAGUCUCAUCUAGUACACUGAAUGGAGUUUUCAGUGUUUUAUUCAGGGUAGUCAAGAAUUCUAACUUUUCUUUACCUGAACUGACACUCUUCGUGAAACACUGUUUGACAUGUCCUGUGCUUCUAAUUCACCUUUCAGCAACUAGCAUUGAUUUAUUGUUGAACAACAAUAUGUUUGGUCGUUGCUUAACAGCUAUUUUGAAAUCAGAUGAUUUACCGGCAGUUUUGAGUGGCAAUCAGACUCUAUUUCUCCUUGCAAAUCUCAUACAUCUAAGUUCACGGAAUUUAGAGCAUUUGGUUGAGUGCUUAAUUGACUGGACAGAUGUUGUAAACCUUCUGUUGUCACGAUGCGAUAAAUUUGUUUUACGGAAGAAGGACGCCUGUAGUCACUGGCAUCCUGUGUUUGGCUGGUACUGUGAACCAAUUCCUCACGGUGUUGAAAGUGCUAUUCCUUUAGCAAUUGGACAACUCAAGUUUUUAUGGUGUAAAUCAGUUGUAAAAUGCUUUUUUAAAGAUGUCCUUAGCUCUGGUUCAUCUGCAGAUUCCACAACUACAGAAAAAACUUCACGCACUUCACAAUCAGAUCUGAGAUUAUGGAAGAAGUUAAAUAGUAUUCGAGCUGAUUCCAAAGUAGGUAGUCAAGGGCAGAAACUGCCAGAGCUGUCGAUGAUUGCGGUGGUUUGUCAACUGUAUCAGAAAGCAAUUCAUACAUUUUCAACUUUGGCGACCGACAUAACUGCUGGGUUGUGUCGAGAGGAUUUUUUACUGCCGCAGCUAUUUUCUUACAUCGUUCAUUUCUCUCCUGCAGACAGUGGUUUAACAUAUAGUCUUUCUCUGCUCUCAGCUCAUUCUGAUGAAGUCCCGCACUUCGCACCCCUUAUUUUGUUUGCUAAUUGUGCUGCAACUGUCAUCUCGAUCCUAGAUGAAGACGAAAUGUAUAACCAAGGAAAACCAUUUAGUUUGGAGCAGCUUCAAGGCUUAGCAAAGUUUUGUAACCAUUUCUGUUUCCGAGUUAUUUGGAAUGGUUAUAUGGAAGUUACCCACGCAUCGUCGUCUUCGCUGUUUAAUUCAAUAUAUAAUUUGUGUAUGUUACUGUAUAAUCGAGAUUGUAGAAGAUCUUUCACAAAUGAAGAUCCUAAAUUUUGGCUUGCACCAGAUGUUAAAAGCUCGCAUAUAAUUUCUGAAUUUGAAAAGAAAAUUGAACGAUCGCAGUUUCUGAUUUCACGAAUGAGUCAUCUGGUUACUCUUAAUGAAAGAAUUUUGUUGUUCAGAAAGUAUGUUAGUGCUGAGAAAGAAACUUACCAAGGGACUGUGAGCACUUUAAUUACUGUAACUAGGAACAGAUUACUGGAGGAUGGAUACAGACAGUUGUCUAUGCUGUCUUCCAGUGCACUCAAAGCUACUAUUCGUGUCAAAUUUAUCAAUCAACAGGGGUUGGAUGAGGCUGGUAUCGAUCAGGACGGAGUUUUCAAAGAAUUCUUGGAACUUACCCUGAAACAAGUAUUCAAUCCUGAUAUCAACUUGUUCAAGUGCUCUAAUGGGCAGCUAUUUCCGUCAGCAACAUCCAGUCUUCAUGAUAAUCAUCUUGGCUUGUUUGAGUUUGUUGGUCGAAUGCUAGCAAAAGCCAUUUAUGAAGGGAUAGUCACAGAAGCGCAUUUAGCUCCUGUGCUUUUAGCGACUGUUUUGGGUCGGCAUUUAUGUGCUUUUGAUGAACUUUCACAGCUUGAUCCUGAGCUCUACAAAAGCCUGACUUAUGUGAAACACUAUACGGCAACAAGCGAUGUGGCUGAUCUCUCUCUGACAUUUUCUGUAACUGAAGAUGAGUUAGGUCGAUUUCGUACGGUUGACUUAGUCCCUAGCGGCAGAACAAUUCAAGUUACCAAUGAGAACAGGAUUGUUUAUAUUCACAGAAUGGCGCAGUAUAGGGUUUUUGACCAAACAAAAAGUCAGAAUCGUGCUUUUGUUUCUGGUUUUCUUUCAGUCUUGAAUGCCAGCUGCGAUAUUGAUUUACGGGAUCUGCGUGCCAAUGUUCAAUAUUAUGGGGGUUUUCACAGUAAUCAUCGGGUUAUCAAAUGGCUGUGGCAGAUACUUGAAUCUGACUUUGACGGGGAGGAAAGGCGUCUUUUUUUGAAGUUUGUGACCAGCUGCUCUCGGGCUCCUUUGCUAGGUUUCGCUUAUUUAGAACCUCCUUUUUCUAUACGAUGUGUCGAAGUAUCGGACGAUCAAGACCAAGGUGACACAUUAGCUAGUGUUGUUCGCGGAUUUCUAGCUAUAAAACGGAAACAAAAUCCUACAAGAUUGCCCACAGCUUCAACGUGUUUCAAUUUACUGAAGCUGCCGAACUACAAUAAGAAAUCUCUUCUGCUUCAGAAACUGAGAUACGCAAUCCACUCGGAACCGGGGUUCGAGUUAAGCUGA